GAAAAUUUAUUAUUAUCUCUUUAUCAGAGAUUGCUUGACCAAUUAAAAGAGGCACUUCUACGAUCCAAGCGGCAAAUCACUCUAGGCACUCCAGUACAUUUCAUGUGAAAAAGGUCAAUAUGAGACAGCAAAUUUCUUUCCUCGCCGUCCUGCUCCUGCUGGCGGCUGCAGCACAGGCCAAGCCAACCAAGGAUGCAGAACUUAAAGUAACUGGGGAGGAAAUCAACAAUUUCGUCGAUCGACUGAUCAACGAAAUCAAAAAGUACAUAAUUGACAACAACCUGGACCCUGUGCCUCUGCCAGACCUUGUCGAAGGCUUUUCGUAUGAGGACUUCCUGGGAAUUGUGUGGCACGGCGAGGCAUCAAUGCGCAAUGGCCAGAUGACAGGCAUCACUUCUCUGUACAGAAACGGCGACGCAGACUUUACUUAUGAGAACUUCAACCUCACCGUCUCUGCCCAGAUGGGCCUUCUUGCCAUUAAAGCUGACUACGACUUUCAAGCGACUUUCAUGGAUCUGGGGCCGACGGGACACGCAGAAAUCUUUGCCAACGAUAUCCUUUUUGGCUUCAGCUUCUCCUUCGAUAUGAACAUUGCCAACGCCACCGCCACCCUGCACAGCUUUGAAAUUCUCUCCACAAGGAAAAUCGACGUGAACAUCACCGGUCUGCUGUGGGGCCUGAACUUCUUGGUCGAGGUGUUCGUCAACCUGUUUGUCGACAUCUUCAAGGGCACCAUCCUCAACGUCCUGUCCAGCGUUAUGGAGAACGCGCUUCGUGAAGCCCUGGCCAACAUUUCGUUUGGCGUGCUCAUGCUCUGAUUUCGCCACCCUUCGCCCAUUGAAAGUACAAAAUAAUGAACAUGAAAUACUGAGUGGAAUAAAAUUUUUUAAUAAAAAACAA